AUGACCUCCACCAUCGAUCCGAAUACUAUUGGCAAACCAGUGCGCCCACGUCGCCAUGUCCGCACUCUCACAGGUUAUCUUCCUGAGAAAGACGAAGAAGGACGCGAUAAAUGGCCUAAGGGUGAAGAAAAGGUCUGGAAAGAUGGGAUGAGGUCUCUCGAUAAGGAUGUCAACGAUAUCACGCGUUCUUUUGUGAACCAUGUCCAAACCUCUCUGGCCCGUCAACCAUACAACAUUGAUGACCUCGGUGCAUACCAUGCUGCCGCUCUCUCCACACGAGACAAUCUUUUGGUAAACUGGAACGAUACCCAGCUAACAUAUACUCGCAAAGCCCCUAAACGAGCUUACUAUCUUUCACUGGAGUUUUUGAUGGGGCGAACUCUCGAUAACGCUCUCCUUAACCUGGGGCUUAAAGAUGAAUAUAAACAAGGUGUCCGCAAGCUCGGAUUCAACAUUGAAGAUAUCCUAGAGCAGGAGAGAGACGCCGGUUUAGGAAAUGGUGGACUUGGUCGCCUCGCUGCCUGCUAUCUUGACUCUUCCGCCUCUCAAGAGCUUCCUGUCUGGGGUUACGGUCUGCGAUACAAGUACGGUAUCUUCCAGCAGCUUAUUUCUCCCUCAGGAGACCAGCUUGAGGCUCCUGACCCAUGGCUGGACAAUCAAAACCCAUGGGAACUCCCCCGUCUUGACGUCACCUAUCAAAUUAGAUUCUACGGACAUGCCGACAGACUCGACGAUGGAACUGGGCGUGCUUUAUGGCAAGGCGGACAGGAAGUCCUUGCACAGGCGUAUGAUGUUAUGAUUCCUGGGUAUGGAACCCGGUCGACUAACAACUUGAGGCUCUGGGAAAGCAAACCCAAGCGAGGAUUCGACUUGAACUCCUUCAAUGCUGGAAACUACGAAGGAGCUGUUGAAUCGUCCAACAGUGCUCAAGCUAUCACCUCUGUUUUGUAUCCCAAUGAUCAUACUUGGAAAGGAGUUGAGAUUGAAGCAGCAGUAGUACGUGUUCUGGUUUCCGGCAAAGGUGCCAUGGCUUAUUCUGUCAUUAGCUUCUGGACCGCUGCCAGUUUAGCUGACAUUUUGCGUCGCUUUAAGAAUCUUAACAAGCAUAUCCGCGAAUUCCCUGACUAUGUUGCUAUCCAGCUAAACGAUACCCACCCUACUCUUGCCAUUCCUGAAUUGAUGAGAAUACUGAUCGACGAGGAAGACCUAAGCUGGGAUGCUGCCUGGUCCAUCGUCACCAACGUUUUCUUCUAUACUAACCACACCGUGCUUCCUGAAGCUCUCGAAAAAUGGCCUGUGCCUUUGUUGGAGCACGUCCUGCCAAGACAUAUGCAGAUCAUCUAUGAUAUCGUAUAUCUAUUGCCUAUGAAACCCCGUAGGGCAAUGCUGAUUCAAUGCGCCAUUUUAGCUGUUGAGAAAAAGUUCCCUGGAGACCGCGACAGGCUCUCAAGGAUGUCCCUGAUCGAAGAGGGCAUCCCAAAACAGGUUCGCAUGGCGCACCUUGCAUGCAUUGGCAGUCGCAAAGUAAAUGGGGUUGCCGAGUUGCACAGUGAACUCGUUCGAACCACUAUCUUAAAAGAUUUCGUCGAAUUUGAGGGAAUCAGCAAAUUCGGAAACGUUACCAACGGAAUCACUCCCCGCCGAUGGCUCGACCAGUGUAACCCAGAACUCAGCGCCCUCAUUUCCAAAACCCUUAAGCUGGACAAGAGCGUGUGGUUGAAAGACCUCACCAAACUUGAAGGCCUGCUUCCAUUUACUGAGGACAAGGCUUUCCGCGACGAGUGGGCAGCCAUCAAGCAGCGCAACAAGGAGCGCCUCGCUCACUAUGUGCAGACUACCUUGGGUCUUACCAUUCGUACCGAUGCUAUGUUUGAUGUGCAGAUCAAGCGUAUCCACGAGUACAAACGCCAAACUCUUAAUAUCUUGGGAGUCAUCCAUCGCUACUUCACUUUGAAGAACAUGUCAGCGGAGGAGAAAAAGAAGGUCAACCCCCGUGUUGUAUUCUUCGCUGGAAAAGCUGCCCCUGCCUAUUUCAUUGCCAAGCUCACGAUUCGCUUGAUUGUGAAUGUCGCCCGGGUCAUCAACUCCGAUCCAGAUACCAAGGAUUAUCUGCAACUUUACUUCUUGCCAGAUUACUCCGUCUCGUUGGCAGAGGUUUUGAUCCCAGCUUCUGAUAUCAGUCAACACAUCUCCACUGCUGGAACUGAAGCUUCUGGUACUUCGAACAUGAAGUUCUGCCUGAACGGUGGGCUUUUGCUCGGAACAGUUGAUGGUGCUAACAUUGAGAUCGCCGAAGAGGUUGGAGAAAGCAAUGUCUUCUUCUUUGGACACUUGACUCCUGCCGUCGAGGACCUUCGCUAUCAGCACUUGUACCAUCCCAUCCCGAUUGAACAGAAAUGCCCAGCGUUGGCCCAUGUUAUCAAUCAAGUUGCCGCUGGAGUGUUCGGCGAUGGUCAUGUCUACGAGCCUCUCCUCAACACCAUCAGGCAAUCUGAUUACUACCUGCUUACUGACGACUUCGAUUCUUACAUCGCUGCUCUUGCUAUGGUUGACGAGGCGUACCUUGACAAAGAUGAGUGGGCUAAGAAGUCCAUUAGGACGACUGCCAAGAUGGGCAAGUUCAGCUCUGACCGUGCCAUCAACGAGUACGCGGAGAGUUACUGGAACAUCGAGCCAGUCAUUGUUGAGAAAGCUUGA